AUGGAUACUCCCAGGGUCCUGCUCUUAGCUGUCUUACUCAUCGGUUUCCUGUGGGAUUUGCCUGGCUUCCAGCAGGCUUCCAUCUCAUCCCCCUCGUCCUCUGUCGAGCUGGGCUCCGCCAAGGGAAUGCGAAGCCGCAAGGAAGGGAAGAUGCCGUGGGCGCUGCAAGAAAGUGCCCCGGCACGGGCGGCCCCGGAGCUCCAGGAGCCGCAGCCGCUGGCACAAGAUGAGCCCACGCGCCUGCUGCUGCAGCAGCCCCAGGCACAGGAACCUCCGGGCAGAGGCCCACGCGUGGUGCCCCACGAAUACAUGCUGUCAAUCUACAGGACUUACUCCAUCGCUGAGAAGCUGGGCAUCAACGCCAGCUUCUUCCAGUCCUCCAAGUCGGCUAAUACGAUCAGCAGCUUUGUAGACAGAGGAUUAGACGAUCUCUCGCACACUGCUCUCCGGAGACAGAAGUAUUUGUUUGAUGUGUCCACGCUCUCAGACAAAGAAGAGCUGGUGGGCGCAGAGCUGCGGCUCUUUCGCCAGGCGGCCGCAGCGCCCUUGGGGCCACCCGCCGGGCCGCUCCACGUGCAGCUGUUCCCCUGCCUGUCGCCCCAGCUGCUAGACGCGCGGACCCUGGACCUGCAGGGGGCGCCCGGGGCCGGCUGGGAAGUCUUCGACGUGUGGAAGGGCCUGCGCCACCAGCCGUGGAAGCAGCUGUGUUUGGAGCUGCGGGCCGCGUGGGGCGAGCAGGCAGCUGAGGAGGUCGAGGAGCGCGCGCCUGGGCUCCAGCAGCCACAGUUCCCAGACCUGCGGAGUCUGGGCUUCAGCCGGAGGGUGCGGCGCCCCCAAGAACGCGCCCUGCUCGUCGUGUUCACGCGAUCCCAAAGCAAGAACCUGUUCACCGAGAUGCGCGAGCAGCUAGGCUCUGCCGAGGCUGCGGGCCUGGGAGCAGAUGCUGAAGGGCCGUGGCCCCUACCGUCGGGCUCCCCAGACGCCGGACCUUGGCUGCCCUCGCCCGGCCGCCGGCGGCGGCGCACGGCCUUCGCCAGCCGCCACGGCAAGCGUCACGGCAAGAAGUCCAGGCUGCGCUGCAGCAAGAAGCCCCUUCACGUCAACUUCAAAGAGCUGGGCUGGGACGACUGGAUUAUCGCGCCCCUGGAGUACGAGGCCUACCACUGCGAAGGCGUGUGCGACUUCCCGCUGCGCUCGCACCUGGAACCCACCAACCACGCCAUCAUCCAGACUCUGAUGAACUCCAUGGACCCCGGCUCCACCCCGCCCAGCUGCUGCGUGCCCACCAAAUUGACUCCCAUCAGCAUCCUGUACAUCGACGCCGGCAACAACGUGGUCUACAAGCAAUACGAAGAUAUGGUGGUGGAGUCCUGCGGCUGCAGGUAG